CAGCAGCCACAACCUGACGGCCGCCGCGCAGAACGACGCCUUCUACCAGAACCUCUCCUCUGUCAACUCACACCCACACGGACAGCAGGACAGAUGGUGGAACUAUCGCACGACCGGCAAUAGACCACAGUCUGCUCAUUUCUCUGCGGCGGGCUCGGAGCAGUCGGAACCUUCGCCACAUCAACAGAUUAACACUGCUAGUUCUGCGAGUGUUCGAGCAGCUAAGUUGGCCGAGAUGUCUGAAGAAGUCACAAGGAGGCAGCAGCAGCAGCAGCAACUUCUAUCGCAGCAAAAGCAGCUUACCCUGCCACACCAGCACCAGCAUACCCAACUCAACCAGCAUCAGUCCCCGCUCGCACACCAAAUGUCUCCCCAGCAAAUGCAACACCAGCAUCAGAAUCAGUUGGCCCAUCAAGCCAACCAUAUUCAGAAUCAAAUGGCUCAAACUGGAUAUCAAUCGAGUCAGCUCGAUCUACAAUUGAAUCAACUGCAUCAGAACCAAGCUGGCCAUCACAUGAGUCCUCUGAGCCAGCAGGGUGCGAUGGGCCAGCACCUGGGCCAGUUCAGCCAGAGCCAAGUGCACAUCCACCAGAGCGGCGCGCACUACCCGCAGCAGGGCUCCCCGCAGCUGCCCGCCGCGCACCCCGCGCACCCCGCACAUCCCGCGCACCCCGCACACCAGCAGUAUCCGCACUCGCAGGUGCAGAGUCCGCCCAGCGUCUACCACAAUCAACAUCAGCAAUCACAAAGGUACGAUUGGCACCCUCCGGGCCCGCCGUCUCCACAAAGAUCUCAGCCACCAGUUGCUCCCAAGCCACAGGGCCCGCGACGGUCGGAAGCGGAAGAAGAGCAACUACAGCAGUCGCAGACUACCAACACAGUCCAGCCAGAGGAUGAGCGAUACGUAGCGAGCGCGCUAGAGCCGCCCGCGGUGUCGGUGUACCCGGCGGGCGGUGCGGGCGCGGGCGGGGCGGGGGGCGCGGCGCGGCAGCAGCCCGCACACAACCCCUGGCAGCGCGAGGAGCGCGAGCGGCAGGCGGAGGCACGCCGCGCACAAGCUCGCGCACGCAGGGACGCGGCCAUAGCGCAGCUGCUGGCGCUUGGUGCAGCCCGCACUCCGGUGCAGAACCAGCAGCUGCGCGCGCUGCAGUUGGAGCGGGACUUCGAGCGGCGCGCAACGCAGCACGAUCAAGAAGAGGGUGGAGGUGCAGAACUUUGUGCGGACGAGGAGUGCGACUCACGAUCGGUAUCAAGAUCGCCGUCGCCCGAGCAACAGAUGCACCUACAGCAGCAGCAGCA